AUGGGUGGGCACAGUGGGGAUGCAAUGGAGUGGACAGAAGCUUGUGAGAAAUAUUUCUUAGAGAUUUUAGAGGGAAGGGUCAAGAGAGAUCCUAACGGGGCUCCAAUCUUCAAAGGAACUGAUUGGACACAAAUGGAUGAACAGAUUUUUAUGAAAUUUGCUUUAAGAUAUGGUCCUGAGAAGGUGAAAGCAAAAUACCACCGCCUUAAAUCUGUUCAUCUAAAGUUUAGUGAAUUGAUUAACCAUACUGGAGUCACAUGGGAUGCUAUUUCUGGAAAAGUGUUUGCUAAUGAUACUGUUUGGGAUGAUUUUUUUAAGCGAGAUAAAGUUUUCAAAUCGUUCAAGAAAAAGGGUUGUAAGAUUUAUUCCUUAUUGAGUUUGGUCUUCAAUAGUUCGACUGCUUCUGGUGCUUUUCAUAAUGCCUCAACUUGUGCCCCUCAAACAUCAGAAGAAGAGCACAGAAUUGAGGAUGAGUAUCUAGAGGGUGGUAGUUUUGGUGAGAGUGAGUUUAAUGGGGGUAGUCGGAAGGGAAAGCGUAUGUUGGAAGAGGAAAUGGAGGGUUUACCAGGUUCAAGAAGAAUGAAAAAAGGUCCUGGAAAUUCCAAAUAUGAUACCUUGUUGGAUGCAUUUUCAGAAUCAAUAGUCGCUAGAAAGGAAAGAGAUUUAGCAAGAGCAGAACAUUAUAAGUCAAAGUAUGGUGAUGUAACAAGCUCAUUGACCGAGGAAUACUCGAUUAGUGAUUGUAUGACGACUUUAGAAGCUACACCUGGUGUUGGUGCAAGAUCGUACACUAAAGCAUUGUCCUUCUUUCCUGAUAUUAAUUGGAGAAAAAUGUUCCUAAUGAUGUCUGAAAAUAGGAGGAAACAGUGGCUUGAUAGUUUAGAUGGGUAG